AUGGCGCCACGCCCGCGGUCCUCCCCACCCGCCCGAGCCGCGACGCUGACCCUCCUCGUCCCGCUCCUCCUCCUCGCCUCCCCGUCCCUCUCCUCCUCCUCCUCCUCCGCCGCCGCCGCUGCCCCCUCGCCGCCGACGGUGCCCGCCACGCAGCGGCAGGCCGCGUCCGCCUCCGCCUCCGCCUCCGACGCCCCGUCCCCUCCUCCCCCUCCGGCGCAACGGCACCGGCACCGGCACCGGAGGCACCGGCCGCCGCCGCCGUCCCCGCCCCCGCCGCCCAGGCGGCGGCGGCUCAACUUCGGGGAGCGGCUCGGGAUCGCCUUCGCCGGCGUGGCCGUCGCAAUGCAGGUCGUCCUCGGCGCCUUCCUGGCGCUGCGCGCGUGGCAGCUGCGGCGGCUCGACACGGCCGAGGUGUCCUCCUCCACGCCCCUCACCUGA